AUGCCCAAGACGGGGAAAAGGCUUCACGUGCUGAAGCGGCCGAAACUGCGGCAGUCGUGGAACAAGUACAACCUGUACAACCUCUGGCGCCAGAGAGACCCCAGGGUCGGGACGACGGACGCCGAGACCUUCUUCCAGCAGAAAUGGCGGGCCAAGGGUCUGCUGCGCGCCUACCACGGCGAGCACAUCAAGGAGCGCGACUGGGAGCGCAUGUUCAGCCGCCGCCUGCUGUCCGUCGCCAACAUGGACCCUCGCUACAUGGCCGAGAACGACGGCUCCGAGAAGGCCGCCGGUAGGGGCUCCGGCAAAGACUCCGUUCCGCAAUGGGGCGAAUCCGAAAUUGAGCCCAAGGCUAUCACCCCCUACAUGAACAUGGCCUUCGCCCCUAUGGAGAGGAGGUUGGAUAUCGCCAUCUUCAGGGCCAUGUUUGCCAGCAGCGCCAGACAGGCGAGGCAGUUCUGCGUGCACGGCGCCGUCAAGGUCAACGGAAAGAAGAUGCCCUACCCAGCCUACAGGCUCAACCCCGGCGACAUGUUUCAGGUCGACGUUGAGAAGGUCCUGUAUGCCGUCGGAGCGCCCAAGGUCGGUGCCUCCAAGCCGAAGGAGUCCGAGGACAGUGCAGACGACGCCGCGCCGGCCGAGACAGAGGCAGCGCCCGAGACCGCAGAGACCCUGGCCCCCGAGGCAGAGGACGCCGCCAUCGAGGCAGAAGAGGCAGCGGCUCAGGACCCCGACACGACCGACAAGAUCGAGCAGCCCGUCGACCUGAAACCCAGCCGCGCCGCCAUCAAGUCCCUCAUAAAACAGGCCAAGGCAACGCUCCAGGAGCAGAAGCUCAACGUCCAGAACAAGCAGGCCCUCCGCGCCUUCAUCAAGCAGGCCAAGCCCCUCAUGUCCGGUGGCAAGGAUGCCACCCCGGGCUCCAUAGCCAAGGAGCUCACCAAGAUCAUGGGCGACCUCAAGCUGACCGACCCCACCGCCGACGCAGCGGGAGAGGCGGCCGAGGACGCCUCCGAGACCAGCGCCCCGAAAUUCACCCCCGAGGAGCUCAGGGAGCUCGAGGAACGCAUCAAGGAGGAGGAGGAGAACCCCUACGACCCCAGCAAGCCCUACGCCACCCCGUGGAAGCCGAGGCCCUACCUGGCACCCUUCGCCUUCAUCCCCCAGUACCUCGAGGUCAACCACAACAUCUGCUCGGCCGUCUACCUGCGCCACCCCGUCGCCAGAGUCGGAACUGCCGAGGUGCCCACGCCAUUCCCCUAUCGGGUCAACCAGCUGGCCUUUAACUGGUACCUGCGGAGACGAUAG